AUGGCAGCAGCACCCAAACUCAUGCAGAAGACUCAUCCAAUCUCUGUGAGACGAGAUCCCAGCAACCCCACCUAUGGACUCCGACAGUCUAUCUUACUGAACACCAGGCUUCAGGACUGCUAUGUGGACUCGCCAGCUCUCACCAACAUCUGGACAGCCAGAAAGUGUGCAAAGCAGAACAUCAAUGCUCCCGCAGGUACCACCUCUUCUUGGGAAGUUGUAAAGAACCCAUUAAUUGCCAGUUCCUUCUCCCUGGUUAAACUGUCGCUCAGGCAACAACUGAAGGAGAAAUGCUGCCCAGUACCACGCAAGUUUGGAGAUGCGAAACCCUCAAAGAGAUUAAAGCCCAAGGACGAUUCAGCUACGAAAGCCGCCCAGUGGGGUGGGAUAAGAAACUCCAUCAGUUCCAAGAGCAAGUGGCCAGUGGGGCAGUGGCCAGGCUCACCCAGGCACAGGAGGCCUGCAGGAGGCGUCAACGAGGGUAAAGAAAGUUCAAAGGAGAAAAAAGUAACACUCUGCCAAGAUCUUGAGAGCAGAUAUGCUGAACAUGUGGCUGCCACCCAAGUGCUACCCCGGGACAUUGGGACAGUGUCCUGGAAGGGCCGAGCCUCACUUCCGGAAAUGAGGAAGAGACAGCAGUUGUCGGAGGAUGCAUUAACCAUCCAUGGCCUCCGCACAGAGGGCCACCGGGCUCUGCACCACACGGUGGUGGAGCCAAUGCUGUGGAAUCCUUCGGUGACCCCCGAGAGGUACAGUUUGGAGCUGGGCAAGGCCAUCAAAAAAAAGCCCUGGGAGGCUCUUUGCAGCCAGGCUGCCACCCCUGAAGGUGCUCAGAAGGACCCACUGCCAGGCAGGAAGAGGCCGGAGGUCCACGAGGAGCCUGCUCCCAAGAAAUGGCCCAAGUUAAAAAGCGAGAAAUAGGGACAGGAGCUCACAGGAUUAGGGUAUUCUCUGCUAGAUGUCUGAAGAAUAAACACCACUUUGCACCU